GCAGCAGCUGAGGAGAUGGCAGUCUCACUAAAGUUAAACUUGUUCUGGUUUGUCUCCCAACAGGCUAAGCGCACCAAGAAGGUUGGGAUUGUGGGUAAAUAUGGUACCCGUUAUGGUGCGUCCCUUAGGAAGAUGGUGAAGAAGAUUGAGAUUAGCCAGCAUGCUAAGUAUACCUGCUCCUUCUGUGGCAAGACCAAAAUGAAGAGGAAGGCUGUGGGUAUCUGGCACUGUGGAUCCUGCAUGAAGACAGUUGCUGGUGGUGCUUGGACUUACAAUACCACCUCUGCAGUGACGGUCAAAUCUGCCAUCAGAAGACUGAAGGAAUUGAAAGACCAGUAGAAACUCCUUCCCAUUCUCCUUGUGAAACAUCCUAUUUUUCCCCUCUGCUAAGAUCUGUUCUAUUGUUGUUUUUAUUUCAACAAUAAAAAUGUAAUAAUGGA